AUGGGCGAAAAAAUCCGAGAAUCUCGAGAGCAGUCAGCGGUCCCUCUGUUACUGAACGUUCGAUUUUAUCUUUCAGGUUUAAAUUGCUCCAAAUGUGUAGAUUUUCGGAACGUUAGAGUAUUGAAAAACACGGUCCCUGGGUUUGAUCUUGGUACUGUCCCGAAAUUACCUUCUAAUCCAAAGUGCGAGUCUGCAGUAAAUGGAUUACCGGUAGAUGGUGUGGAAUUGAUUACCUGCCCUGAAAAUUCAUUACCAUAUGAUGCCAAGGUGUACCGGUGUGUUGCAUAUAGUGGACAGUUAAUUUGGUCUUCUGUCGUUAAUUUUGGGAGCUCGUCAGGAGAAGUUGAAGUGAGUAUUGAUGGGACCUACAGAAGCUGCCUUCUUCAAAAUGUUGAAGCGAGCAAUUCUUGUGAGAAUCAAAAUUCUGAGCUUCCGAGUGAUGAUCCGUUUAGAGGCGUCGCCUUGAAAGGAGUACCAGUGGCUGUAAAUUCCACCAUCUUUAAAGGAAAGAAAUGCGUAUCAGAUGAAGCAGGACGUUUUCCGCUGAAUGGGAAGGACAAUGGCAAUGGAGCAAUAGCUUUAAAACUGAAUCUGAGUGUUUUCUUCAGUUUCCUUUCAUUGACAUAUUUUAUGUAGAUGCAAUAGAAGUUGGUCAAAUGUUUUAACAAAAGAAAGGGAUCUUGACACUCCCCGCAGAUGCUAAAGACUUUCUACAGAACUGUUAAUCUUGAUAUUCUCGAUGUAACUCCAAUUUUUGGUACAAAAUCUAACUUCAAAUUUUGUUGCAUAUUAUUGUAACUAUUAAAGCAUCAAUAGAGAAAUACACAUUACAGGAAUUGUAGUUAAUUCUUUAUUAUAUAUUACCCUGUCUUUGGUCGGAAGCUGUGUAAAACAUGUGGGUUUUGAACAUGGCAUAAAGAUUUUUCGUUUGUAAAUUGUUUGAUUAUAUCCAGUUAUAUCAAUGUAUUCUAUCGCUGCUUUGCAUUCUUUAUCAUAAUGAAUGAGAUAAAUCCAGAGCCUCACAUAUACGAUUGUCACGUGCUUCCCGUGUAUUUCUAAAUAUAUGAUAACUGUCUAGCAAGUUGACCCAUUACUUCUAUAAUCUGUAUUGGUAGAUUGUUUGCUGACACUCAGUAUACAUAUGUUAUACUUUUUCAUCUGUCAAAGUGUUACAAAUUGUAUUAAAUUAUUCACCCUUACUUCAUGCAUUUGUAUGGAUCAGAGGUUUUCCAACAAUAAUGGGUUUUUAAACAGUAAGAAUUACAAUUUUACUUGUUUCUCAACUGCGAUCAACCAAUGAUUGCUCCGAAGAGGUGGUCUAUCGAAUAAUGUUAGCUAAUACAAGAGAGGGAGAGGAAAAAACAGUUAAAUAUUCUUAGUCGAUGGCAUUUUCCAAGUUAGGUGGAAAGUGCUUGUUCUUCAACAAUUAUUGACUUUUGAUGAAGAUGAUAGAUAUCAAUAGUCAAAAAAUGUUAUAUCAAAUGAGUUGAAGUUUGUAAUUUUGUCUCCGGGAGUAAAACGAGGAUAUCAAACAUAUACAGAAGACAUAAUAUCACCAUGAUGUUUAUGAUUUAAAUGCAAAAAAUUCAUAAUGAUGAAUGGCUUAUAAGAACGACGUCACCAUGACAAACGUCGUCAAAACGGUGAAUAAAUACAUCGUUCUUCUCUCAUGUAGAAUUGCACAGUAAAUAUUUUAUUUCCUUUGAAGGAGUUGUGUGUUGCGUUAGCUUUAUAAAUUAUACAAUCAUUUGUGAUAAUGACUUCACAUAACAUUUAAUGAAAAUAACCAGUGAUCGUGAAUAACCAGGAAUUAUUUUCUGAAUUGCAUACCAUUGCAACAUGAUAUAGACUAUAUUUUUGUUGAUUGACAUUUGUGAAACUGUAAUUUGAAAUUAAAUGCUACGUAUUAUUAUUGAAUAAAAAUGAUUUGAUGGUGAA